GCUUGAUUAGUAAUUGAAUCUUCCUGUUAAUGAGCCCUGAUGUUAUGAGGCUCAUAUUCAUGGGUAUUUAUUUGUGUAUGUGUGUGUAAAGUUGUGAGCAGGGGAGCUUGGGUGAAAUGAAGAAUGAGGCUGUGGCACUGGGUGGCACUGCCAACCCUCUGCUGGCAGGCCUAGAGCACUACAUGGAGGCCAGUCCACCAGUAGUGGGCCUCAUGAAGAGCUGUGAUGGUGACCAAGUUUCUGCUGAGACAGCAUCACUGGCCCAAGCCCACUUGUCUAGCGAAUCUCAGCAACAUGUUCCAUCCCUCAGUCCUUUGGCUGCCCAGAUGGAUUAUGAACUCCAGGAAGCUUUAAGGGAAUGUGAAGAUGAAAUGGCUGCUCUUGGCAUAUCUUCCCAUGCAGACACAUGGACUGCAGGUGAUCUGGACAGGUUUUUCUCUGUAAGUGAUGAGAAAAAUCAAACUGAGAAAGCUGAAGUUAAAAAGGAUUUUGGUUCAUCUUCACAUAAACCUGCCGAAUUUCAUGAAGGUUGCCAUGGAAAUGAUGGAGCGCACACAAAUGACUCAUCAGCGGGUGAAGAGGAGGUGUUUAGCUUCAGAGAUUAUGUUCUAGAAAGAAAGCAAAGUAAUACAUGUGCAGCUGGAGCUGAGGUUGUCAAAAACAUUGAGGAUAUAACAGAAAACCACAGUGAAGAAGCGAGCCAGCUGUCAGAGGCAGAACAGCAAACAAAGUCAGAGAUAGAGACAAAAAUAGACACAGCUGAGAACAUAGCUGGUCAACAAAACACACAUACCAUAUGGACAGGUACACAAACAACAUCCGAGAUUGAUGCGGAAAAGGUAACACUUACCCAAGAUCAAUCAAUACAAGAUAUCUGCUCUUUGAAAAACACCCUGGAGGGUGAGAGUUCACAAGAUGAAGACAGAAUACACGUUAUAGCACAGACAACCCAGAGAGAAACAGGAAUAAUUCAAGAGACAAAUCCUUUGAAUGAAGAAGUCAGAAGUUCUGAAAAAGCUACACAGAUGAUUCAGAACUCAGAUGAAAUAAAAAUAGAGACACAUAGUCAGUUAAUUAGUGAUUUACUGGCAUGCCCAUCCACAUAUACGAAUAAACAUUCUGGUCACACGUUGCAUUUAGAAGCUAAAAUAAGCAUACAACCAAACAUACAGAAACGGGUGGAGUCAGGGACACAUCAGCAGAUAAAUAGACAGAUAGAAACAAACACAAAAGUAGGAUCAAGCCUUGACCAUCAAAGACAGGAAUUAGGACUCCCAGAACAGCUGAGUCCUGAGGGUAAACAAUUGAUCUGCUCCCCACCUCCAGAACCCGAAGCUCAUAUUUCCCUGGCUGAGGCUCCACCUGCCCUGUUACUGGACUCUCCACAGGGGCCUGAGCAAAAUGAUAACCAGGAUCAGACAGAUGGACCCUGCAAAUCAAUAUCAGAUGGUGAAACCAUACACCACAACCACUGUACAACAGGGGAAGUCAAAGAUGAGAAAAAUGUGUCUGCUGUUGUGAUUGAUUUCUGCCAAGCUACAACAGCCCCUGAACAUGAGCCCAUAGGGAGAUGUGACUUAGAGAUAUAUCCACUGGAGCAGGAGAAUGGACCUCCUUUAGGCGGUGGAGCUGGCGCACACGCACCACUGUGGGGGAAUUCACAUGCUUUGAGCCGGGCCGGUGCAGAAGAGGAGGAGGAGGAGGAAGAGAGUGCCCUUGAACGGGCUUCAGCAGAGUCCACUGCCUCCACAUUGCUACAAACAACACCCACGAUGCCAGAAAUGAUAGAAAGCGAGGGAGAGAAGAAGAGCGGUGAUGCGUUCCAAAGUGCCUCAAUAAUAUUACAAGCAGCAGAGAGAGAAUCGGCAGUGCUGGAAGCGGAUGAGUCUCCGAGCUCAGAGGAAACAUUAAGUGAAUUUAUAUCUGAAAAGGGACAAGAAUGCACCUCAGUAAUUUUUCCAGACAUUAAGUGCUCACCUGUUCAGAAAGAGGAGGCGACUGAGGAGAGCUGUAGCAACUUGACGGAGAGUGAGGGGAAGGGUGGGGGUCUGCCGAUCGCACUCUCCCCAGCCGGAGACAAGGAUACAGGCACGGUCGGCACAGAGGACAAAGCUCUGGUCACCUAUUCCUCUCCAUGUGUCCUUGUAACAUGUGACUGGAAGGUGGAGAUUUCCCGAUCAAAGGAGAGAAAAGAAGAGAGCGAAGAGGACGGGAAAAAGGCAAGCGAAGGCGGAGCACAGAACACCGCAAAUGCCGGCAGGGUGUCACAGAAAGAGGCAGCGACCGAGACGUGUCCAUCCCAUCGCAUCACAGCAUCACAGAGGCUAGCUUCAACUUUAAAUGACCUCAUCCAUCCUGUCACAGCAGGCACAGCCCCAUUUCCUCUGACCAUCAACAGAAUAAACGACUGCGACUCCAUCAGCCCACCCCCUCCUCUUUCCCACAUAAACUCUACAAAGACUGAAGCGCAGAGGGAGGAAGAAGCUAAUCUGAAUCCGAGCCCAAUUGCAUCAGGAGCAGACCUGCCAGGCAGUGAUAGAUCACUUCCACCGGCAUUUUCUUUAGAAAACGAAUGUCUCUCUGCGCAAGCCAACGAUCAACAGGUACAGAGCUUUUCACAGACUAGAACCGCAAGCUGUGACACAUCCGUCAAGACAGAGACACAGCAACAAAAACAAGAAAUAACUCUUACAAGUGAAGACACAUCUCAAUCUACUAAGCUACAAGUAAACAUGAGGGAUAUCGCCGCAAAUUGUACCAAAGUGGAAGGGUCUCCAAAAGGUAUGCAGAGCUCUUUUGAGAACCAAAAGGAUACAACACUGAAAUGCCAAAUGACUGAAUGUGCCUCUUUGCCCCCAUUGAUGGUAUUUGAAAGUCUACACCAUCCAGUAAAAGAGGCUAGCUUCAACUUUAAAGGUUUUCUCAGCAUCAGCAAACCAGCACUUCCUCUUCAGACAGAACCGAUCACUGGCCAGAGAAAUACUGACCUGCAUGGAGCAGAAAGGGAACAUACUGCCUCUGAAGAAGAAGGUAAAGAUGAAAAAAAUGGAAAGCAGAGAGAAAAAGUGGAAAUGACAUUUAAAGAGCCAAAGGACUGCAGAGAAAUGACCAGUACAUCUCAAACGCAGGGUGAUACUACUGUAAAACUUGGAGAAAAUGUUAAUGUAAAUAUGAGUAGCUGUGAAGACGAUGGAAAAGUGACAGAUGAAACUCCUGAUGUCAGCAAGGGAAAUCCUGUUUCAUCACUGUCAGCUGCAGGUGAGACCACCUGUGUUAAUGAAUCUAAGGAUGUGGUUAAUGAAACUCUGGAAGCAACUGAAGUAAGCAAAGAGAAGCAAGAAAAUAAAGAAUGCUUGAAUGUUACUCAGAUCACUCCAAAUAAUACAGAUGAGUCAGCAUCCACUGAGAAGAACAGUGUUUUACUACCGGAUGUAUCUCCACAAGAGGGUCGUAACAGCAGCCCUGCUGUGGGUGGUGAGCGGGCUGAUAUGACUGAGUCUGAAGGAGUUGAACAAAGACAUACAGAAAUUCUACUUACCACCAAGGAAAAGCUGGAUGAAUCAAAGGGAUGUGGGUUGCCUGAAGCAAGUGAUAUAGAACUAACAUGUCCAGGUAAUUCAGAGAAUCUUGUGAAUGAUAGUCGAGAGCAUGAAUCAAAGCCAGAAAAAUACACAUGUGAAGUUGAGUCAAAGGUAAAAACCAGCUCCAUGUCUCCAGCAGCUGCCCCAGACAUAGACAGCAUGUGCCCUUGCACUCAACCAGACAAGAAAUCCAACACCGAGCAGCCUACUACGAUCUCAGAGAUGCAAUUUCUGUCAAAAGCAGAUAAGUGUGACGACAUGCUGCCCUAUCAGACUGAAUCCCAGUUCAGUAAUGAAAUGAUGAAAAAUGAUGCAGCAGAUGCUGGGGACAAAACUGUCCCUUCUCUUCCUGCAGCGGAGACUACAGUACCAGCACAACGGGAUCUUUCCUCAACUACCAUACAAAGCACUAACAGUGAUGCCAGGGAUGUGUCUGUCAUUGUACUAAAGGCUCCAGGCCCAAUGCUGAGUCACUGUGAGUCCGUUAAUGACUGUGAUAUUGCUGUAGCAGGACCCGGGGAGGACUGCAGUGUGAACUGUGUGUGUGAUUCUGACACAGAGAUUGUUAAGAAUAUUACAGACAAAUCUAAUCAACAACUGGAUGUGAAUGAAGAGAGGUUAAGAUCUCAAAAUGCAGAUGAUCUGCUUUACUCUGUUGGUGUCUCCACACAGGAAAUUGCAGCAUCAUCUGGGAACCAUUUGCUUACAACUGACAGACCAGAACAGGCAGGUGAUUCACCGCUAGUGUUAAAGAACCCAGAUAUUGUUGGAAAUGCAAAGAUGAAACAGAAUGACGGCUCUAAGGGUGUUGGAGAAUUGGAGGUUGUUAGAAAAGAGAAGAGUGAACCGGUGAAUGCACCGACAAAUGCUACUACAGAAAAUGAGGUUAUUAAUAUCGACACAUCUGAAGAAUUCAAGCACAUGAAAAGGGGAGAGGACAACAAGGAGUGUGUAAAGGAAGCCGAAGAAAAAUUCAAUGCAGAAAAUGAAACCAGUUCCUCUCAGGAAGAAGGGAUUGAACAAAAAAAUGAAAAGCAGGGUGAAAGGAAGGUACAAGAAGUAAUGCCUAUUAAGGAGCAGAAGCAUAAUAAAGAAGAGACAAAUUCAUCUGAAACAUCCUGUGCUAAUGAAACACUUAAUUAUCAACCUGCUUUGACAAUGCAACAAAGUCCUAAUGAUGAAAUCAAAUGUGAUUCACUCCUGAUGCACUUGAAGGACAAUCUCGCUACACUUCUGACUGAGGAACCUGUUCAACAUGUGUCUGACAAUGUAAAAAUUAAUAAAAGUGUAUCCAAAAGAUUCAGUCAGGUGAUGGGAGGAGAGCAAAACAGGGAGAUUGUGCAAGAAAAUGAGGUACAAAAUGUAAAAUCCAUUGCAAAAAAGGACAGCAAAAAAAGUGCAAAUACCUCUCAAGAACAGAAUGAGACUGCUGCAAAAGAAAACGCUGAUCAAACACAAGGAGAAAAUCAGACAUUAAUAAAUCUCUCCAAUCUAUCAGGAGAAAAAAAACUAUUAGAUGAAACCAUUCCAAGAGGAAAAUUGCAGUCUAGCCCUAUGCCUGAUCCUGGUUUAACUUCUGAAGGGAUUAUAGAAGAGGCUCUGAGUUGUGGAGGGGCUGAAAAAUCUCCUCCAGUCGUUGAUCACACCCUGUCUGCAGUGGUGAAUGCUUCUCCAGAGAGAGACCACACGCAAGAUCCAAGGGGUUUGAGCCAGUCAGAUUUGGCAUUUUCACAAUCCGGAGAGCUCCAGCUGCAACAGAACUUUAUGAGUGCCCCAGAAGCAAUGUUAAGUGUGAGUAAAAGCAACAUUUUAGAAAAUGCUGAGACCAAUAAUCAUGCAAAUGCUGAGGCAAGUGAAAAGCAAGAGAAGGUGGUUAUGUAUUGUAGUGCAGAGGCUCCAAGAUCCCUAAACAGCACAUCAGAGAGUGCCGCACUGGUGGGGGGCUAUAACAAAGAUGUUGCUGUGUUCAAUAUAUGUCCAGAGAAUGAAAAGAAGACAAUACAAACAAUAGAUCUUAAUGGUGGGAGAUUUCCUGUUUGUGGUGAAAGUACUUCAAAUGAAAUCCAAACUCAGUCAGCUCCCAACUUGUCUGUAACAGCAUCGUCAGCUUCUGAAACUUUAGAAGUCAAACGGGUUAUAGAGGCUACAGAGGCAAAAGAGCCUGCCAUCUCAGCAUCACAGGAAAGUGUGAGUAAACAUGCAGAUUGUACCAAAUCACAGGUCAGCGCGGAUGAACAUGGCAAUGUGUGGAACGAAAUCCCUGACACCAAGAAAGGCUCAGAAUUUCCUGUAAAUCACUCAAGUGGGUUCUACGUGAUUCCCACCCUCUCACACCAUGAAGCAGGACUAAAAACAGAAGAGAAAUGUUUCGACUCCGUUACCCCUGGAGACACUGGAAACACUGAGAUCAGUUUUGAUUCAAUUAGUGAUGUUGCACAGAUGUCUACAGCAGGAACUUCCCAAAAUCAGCAAGAGAAAGAAUUCGUUUUUCAGUCCUCUGAUUGCCAGCUCUCCACCACCACAUCCUCUGCUUCUGUGCUCCAAAAAUUUAUUAAAGAGGAAAAAGAGAUAAGUGUGGAUCAGGCCCCUAAAGAUGCACUAGAACCUAACACUCCUAAUUCCACUCCCCAGUCUGAGACAGCUGCCUGGAGGAUGGAGCAGCUUAAUAAGCAUUUGUCAGAGCAAUUCCCAGAUGGUACCCAAAACACAGAGGAGCAGAAUACACAGUGUUCUGAACAGCAGUUACAACAUGUAAGAACUUGUUUGGACACUGAAAACACAAUCAGUUCUAUGAAAGAAGAAGACACCAUUUCAAAUGACGUACAACAGCGAGAAGGAAUUCAAAAAGAGAUAAGUAAACAGAUGGCGGAUGAAGAAAAGAACAAGGCCGUUGAAAAUGAUCACAUAGAAGUGUCCAAAGGGGCUGAACCCAAGUCUUCACAGUCUAUAAUUGAAGAAAGCAUCUCCAAAGAAAACCAAAGCAAGUUGGAGGAGCUGUCUUUAUUUUCCCCUGUUGAAGCAAUAGUCGAUAAUGUAGACCAGCAAAUUGAAGAAGUUUCUAAUGGAUCACUGACAGAAAUGAAAGAGGCUGUGUCAUUGUUAUACCCUGAGACCUCUAUCUGCUUGGUGACUGACCCCCAGGAUUCCCUCCAGUCCCCUCCUGCAGUCAAUCAACAGUGUAGUCAGCAGCCCACUAAGUCUUUUAUCCAAAACUUACGUGAAAACGCCACGAAGAAAGUUGAAAGUAGCAGUGAGCAAAGUCCAAACAUAGCAGAUACCUCUCCUGGAGACAUAGAAUCCCUUCUUAUAAAAAAAACAAUAGAGAAAGAUGACAGGGAAGCUAUUGAAGAUGAAGUCAGCAAGGUGUCAACAGCUGCAGAUGUGUUGCUGGGUUCAGGCACAGGAACAGAGCAGAUAUCACAGGUUAUCGACAGUUCAGACAGCCAAAUCCUAAGUGCAGUCUUUGUACCUGAGAGGUCAGAUGCAGUCAACUCCUCUGAAGGUUCUGAUUGGCUCAGAGCUCUGAAGGAGGCAGCCUCCAUGUCUCAGAUCAUUCCAGAGCACAGAGAUGAGUCUACCUGUGGAUCUACAGAAAACAGACCAUUUGAGACCCUCCGUUCUCCUCAGACUGAUCUAGAAUUCCGAACCCCAACUGAAGAAUAUUUUCCCCCUGCUCCUGAAGAGAGUUUCCCCCCGGCACCCGAGGAGAGUUUUCCUCCUGCUCCUGAAGAGAGUUUUCCUCCAGCUCCUGAAGAGAGUUUUCCUCCAGCACCUGAGGAGAGUUUUCCUCCAGCACCUGAGGAGAGUUUUCCUCCAGCACCUGAGGAGAGUUUUCCUCCUGCUCCUGAGGAGAGUUUUCCUCCUGCUCCUGAGGAGAGUUUUCCUCCUGCUCCUGAGGAGAGUUUUCCCCCUGCACCUGAGGAGAGUUUUACCCCUAUUACUAAGCAGCCAGAAGAACCACCAGACUGCAGGUCUCCUCUGGUAGAGGCUGCUGAGAGCAGUGAGCCUGUCCCCUCUCCCUUAUCACCCCUACCACAGCACGACACUGCUCCUGCCCUCCCUGCCCACCUGCUCCAGGACACAGUCGAGUUCCCCACACCGCCCCCUACCCCUCCGGACAGGGCUCCCCCUGAGCCUCAGACCCUUUCUCCUGCUCCUGCUCCUUCUGGUCUACCCGAGGCUCUCCCUGCUGCCCCUGUGCCUCCUCAAAUCCAACAGCUCCAGCACUCUGAGCCUUCAGCAAGGAGUUCAGACUCAGACGGAGCGUUCGAAACCCCUGAGUCCACCAGCCCUGUGAAGUCUGCUUCCCCACCAGUGCCCCCAACAGAGCCCCCCUGCACCAACUCAGAGGCAUUGUCCCAAGAACACACAGCUUCCACUGCUGACAUCUCUGCCAGCGAAGCUCAAGACCCAAAUCAGCUUAAAUCUCCCAGUCGCUCUCAAUCUACAGUCUUUGAUGAGGACAAACCAAUAGCUGCUAGUGGCACCUACAACCUAGAAUACUUAAUUGCUGAUGACCCCGGACCAUCAAGUCGAGCGCCUCUCACCCGCUCUCUAAGCCUACAGUCUGGUGAGUUAGAGAGCCCAGGAGACAAAUCCUCGGGAGGAACCUCCGACAAACCCAUUCACCCACGAGCAGAGUCCUUCAGCAUAGGAACAGAAAGUGCUCCGGGAACUCUUCGUAAAGUGAAGAAGCCACGUCCAGGUUCCCUAAAGAAGAAACCUCUUUCCCGGCAGAACUCAAACCCAGAGCAUACCUCUCCCAAAACAGUCUCCUCUAAUAGCACACCAGAGGAGAAAAAGAGAGGUAAACCACAGCCUGAAAGCCCCUUGCAAACUCAAGAGAGGCCUAGCUCCUCUCCCAGCCCUAGUCCUAGUCCUGCUGGUACCCUACGGAGGAAUAGGAUAAAGUCUCAAGUUGAAAGUCCUCCACCUUUGGUUGAGGAGGUCACUGCCAGCUCAAUAUCAACUCAACUCCAACUGGUUCUUCCUGAUCCAGUACCCGAGGCUCCAACUGUCCCCGACGAGGAGUCUCCUAUCCCUCCCAGUGCCUCCUACAAAUGGGAUCCGGACAACUUUGAGAAUAUUGACCCAUUCCGUACAGGAGGCAGUAAAGUUGCCAACUCGCCGGUCUUGGGCAGGAAAGCCGACUUUACAUCGGUUUCAGACACUCCUGUUGCUGUAGAGGAGCCUCGUGCCUCUUCCCCUGCUAAAGAGCAACCCAUCAACAUUGAGGAACAGCCAAUCACCAAGCGCCAACCAGUCAGACUGGAGUUUGACUAUUCAGAGGACAGUGGAGAGGCACCACGCAAUACUCCUCCUCCUAAAAACCUAGGCAAGAAACCAGGGGCCAAGAUGCCUAUCCGAAAGCCCAAACUGGGGAUUAAGAAGGCCCCUCCACCACAGACAGAGCAGCUAGACAAUGCACCUGUCCCUGCACUUUCAAAUGACAUUGAUGAUAUCCCGAUCCCCAAGGGGUUAUAUAACUUUGAUCCCAACAAGUGGGAUGACCCUAACUUUAAUCCAUUUUCUUCAAACACUGGUGUCCCCAACUCUCCUCGCCUGUCUAGUGGAUCUUACAACUUUGAUCCUGGCUCCUUUGAUGGCUCAAUCGAUCCCUUCAACUCAUCCAAUAAGAUGGGAAACUCACCUCCAAAAGCUGCAACCUUUGACAAAUCCAACGACACCGAGAAUGACAAUGAUAACAUUGUUGAGUUGGAGGAUCACAACCAGAACAAACCUGCCAAAAACAAGAAGAAGCCUCUCAAAUCUAACACUUUUAGAGUGAAGAAAUCACCAAAGAGGACUCAGAUUACUGAGCCAUCUGCUCAAUGUUGUCCUGUGUGCUCUCCGCUCUCGCCCUCCACUUCACACACACAUAAUCACCUGCAGGAGCACUCGCCUGAUGCCAAUCCCGAGCCUUCACAAGAUCACGCCACAGAUGAGGAGAAACUGGCUUCCUCCACCAAUCAGAAUUGGACUAGACAUGACAUAGAGGUGGAACUGACCUCUGACCCCCAAGAUCUCCCACAGCCGACUGACUUUACAGCUUUUGUCAAUGAGAACAGUUUACCAGCACAGAGUGAUGUUACAGACUAUGAGAUUGAAUACAUGGAAAAGAUUGGCUCCUCCGCACCUCCUCUCUCGGUGAAGAAACCGUCACUUUAUCUAAAGCUGGACUCUGUGACAGACAGUCCAACAAAGACUUCCAACAUGCAAGAUUCAGAGCCCAACUCUCCCUGCACUGGGAGCUUUGAGGAGAUGGAGGCUCAGAUCUCGCAGGGGAAAUCACCUGUGCUGCCACCACGUGGUGCUCGUAACUCCUUGGCCUCAGAAAAAAGCAGAAAGAGAGACAGCCAGCCUCAGAGUCGAACGCAGAGCAAUGAGAGAGAUGGAGCGUCCCCCAUCCAGGGCCCCAUGGAUCCCUCAGAUCUACCCCUCUUAGACAGACUGUCUGAUUCACCUGCCCCUCUCAGCUACCUGGAGCCUGAUCUGGCAGAGACCAACCCCACUGCCUUCGCUCAAAAACUGCAGGAGGAACUGGUGCUCGCAGCCCUGAGGAUAGAGGCUCUACAGGUAGCCAAAAACAUCUCUCAGAGCCCCACUUUGUCCACUGUGCCCCCUCAGUCUCGCCUCAAGAAGCCCAGCCCACGCCGCUGGAAUCUCAACGGUUCUCACAUGGCUAAAAAAACUGCAGGAAAAUCUACACAGACAGAUAGCAAACUCUGUCGCAGGACGUCCCGUAUUCCACAGCAGAGAGAAACGGCCUCACCAGGGGACAGCGGGGUUUCGAAGAGCUCCCUCUAUUCACGAACAGGAUACAUUGAAGGGGAAAGCCCUCAUCUGCCACGUGACAUGGACCACUCUCUUGGCAUUGCCCGAGAAGAGAUUGUUGUGAAAGAGAAAGAAGCCAUGGAGUGGAAGAGAAAAUAUGAAGAGAGUAGACGGGAAGUGGAGGAGAUGAGGUGGGUGUUCUCAAAGGACAGAAAUUCCUGUGCCCUUGUGAGCUAUGACGAGGGCAAAGUGAACAAGAAUAAAGAGAUUGAAGAACUGACCAAAAUUUGUGAUGAACUGAUUGCCAAGAUGGGAAAGAGCUAGCCGUCCAUUCGACAGAGUUCUGUCUGUACCACAAAGGGACAAAAGAACAAUAACUGGACAAGAGUGUAAAGAUGGAGGAGCAAGGUGAAAUUGUUUCGGUAUUGUUUUUUCCUCUUUCUAAUGGACAGAACAAUGAACUAACCAAACAAAAGGAUCUCACACUACUGACGUCUUCACAUAAAACUGGAGUCCCUAGGACUGGGAGAACACUAGUUUCUGGCUGUAAUUAUUUUCUCUUCAUUUUAAUGUUAAUGUACACCACCUUACCAAUGUUGAGGGUCUUGUGAAAGUACUCCCCAUCAGUAGAGACUUUUUUGAGAGUCUGUAUAGUACACACACACACACACACGCAGAGAGUAUGUGUUUAUAGUGAGUCUGAGGUUAUGAGUGCUGUUGCCAUGACAACCACUGAUGGAGCCGACUGUUAAACUGAUUCCUGUGGUUCCCUCUUCUUAAGUUGAAAACAGAAAUGACCAGAGAGAAUAUAUAUAAUAUAAAA